AACAGCCUAGCUCAUCAUGGAUUCGUCCAACUUAUAAUAGGCUCUCUCUCUCUAUUCUCCAGGGUGGCGGAUCUUUAUCAAAGUCACGCCUGGAAUCUACUUCUCUCUCUCGAUUGUCUCCCUGUUCAUCUCAAAUCUCUUGUUGAUUGUAUUGUGUGAUCAAACUUUGGUGUUGCUGAACAAGAAGCUAUGCACAGGAUCCAAAUAUUGUUGAAUGGUUUAUUAGUUAGUGUGUUAUAAAUUGAGCUGCAUCAAUUUUUCUGAUAUUUCUCGUAUGAAGUCCUAGUUGUGGAUUUGAAACUUCAGGUAUUUGUUUUUCGGGUAAUGGAACAUGUUCCAGUUGAAGUUAUUGGGAACAUUCUGUCACGGCUAGGAGGUGCUCGAGAUGUGGUGAUAGCUUCUGCAACAUGUCGGAAGUGGCGAGAAGCUUGGCGCAAACAUCUUCACACUCUUUCAUUUAAUUCCAAUGAUUGGCAUGUCUAUCAAGAUCUCACAACUAGCCGACUAGAGAUACUGAUAACUCAGACAAUAUUUCAAACCACUGGGUUACAAGGCUUGUCGAUUUUGAUGGAUGAUGUUGACGAGUUCUCUGCUUCAACAGUUAUUGCUUGGCUUAUGUACACCAGGGAAACCUUGCACCGAUUGAUUUAUAAUGUUCGGACUACUCCGAAUGUUAAUAUUCUUGAGAUUUGUGGCAGGCAGAAGAUGGAAAUGCUGGAACUGUCCCACAACUCGAUAACAGGGGUUGAACCCAACUUUCAGAGAUUCCCUUGUUUAAAAUCCCUUUCUUUGAGUUAUGUCAGUAUCUCAGCAUUGGAUCUCAAUCUUUUGCUCACUGCUUGCCCAAAGAUUGAGACCUUGGAACUUAUCAAUCCAGAGAUUGCAAUGUCUGAUGCACAGGUGACUGUUGAACUGACCAGUCCAACAUUAAAGAGAGUUUAUGUUGAAGCAAUCAGUUUGGACAAGUUUAUCUUGGAGGCAGAUAGCAUUGAAUGCUUGCACUUGAAGGAUUGUGCUCUUGAGCUAUUUGAACUCAUUGGAAAGGGUACUUUGAAGCAUUUCAAAAUUGAUGAUGUAAGUGUUAUUCAUCUUGAUAUUGGUGACACUGUUGAUAAUCUUGAGAUCAUAGAUGUCAGCAACUUCACUAUUAUGUGGCCAAAGUUCUACCAAAUGAUCUCCAAAUCAUCAAAGUUGACAAAACUUCGUCUUUGGGAUGUGGUCUUCGAUGACGAGGAUGAGAUUGUGGAUUUAGAAACUAUUGCUGUUUGUUUCCCGCAUCUCAGCCAUCUUGCAUUAAGUUAUGACUUGAGAGAUGGAGUGGUUAACUAUGGCCUGCAAGGGUCUUCCCACUUGGAGAAUGUCUUUGUGUUGGAGCUCGGAUGGACUAUAAUUAAUGAUCUCUUCUCUCAUUGGGUUGAGGGGCUGCUAAAACUUUGUCCAAAUCUCAGGAAGCUGGUAAUUCAUGGUGUUGUUUCAGAGGCCAAAAGUCAUGAAGAAUGCCAAAUGUUGGCCAAUUUUACAUCAUCCAUAGUUCAGCUCAUGAGAAAAUACAUGCAUGUAGAUGUGCAGUUCGAUUAUGAAUAGAAAUCUUGUGAUUACUUUUGGUCAAUAUUCAAGUUUUGCCUAAAAAAUGAGUCGUAUACGAACAUGUUCUGGGUAAGAUUUACAGCAUUUUAGAACCUGAGCAUCCCUUUUCGUGUCCUGUAAAUGAUCUCUGAAUUCUUCCUUAUCACGGAAAAUUACUUGCUUUUACAAUAGAAACGUGUUUUCUUUUCA